CUUCUCUUUAAUAAUAAACCUUUAGUAAUAUACAUAAAUCAUAUAUAGUUUAUAAAGAAUGGCCAGAAAGAAAUUAAGAGAAUAUUCAACUAAAUAUAUCAUCAAAAACAAUUUCCCAUUAUUGUGCAAUGGAUCGAAAUUAAAUUUAAAAAUGAUUCAAGUAUCACCAAAUACACCAACUUUAUUAGAAUUAUCAAAAACAAUAGAUAAUAUUUGGGUAAAUAAUUCUAAAUUGGUAGUUAAACCAGAUAUGUUAUUUGGUAAAAGAGGAAAAAAUGGAUUGGUUUUAUUAAAUGCAACAUUGGAAGAAGCAGAUAAUUUUAUUAAAGAAAAGAUUAAUAAACCAGUUGAAAUUGGUGGAAAGAGUGGUUUAGUUACCCAUUUCAUUGUUGAACCAUUCGUUCCACAUACAGAAGAGUACUAUCUUUCAAUUACUGCUCAAAGAGAGUCAAAUAGAAUUUCAUUCUCAAAUUGUGGUGGUAUGGAAAUUGAAGAGAAUUGGGAUAAAGUAUCAACAUUAGAUAUCCCUUAUGGAGAAACCAUCGAUAAGGUAGAUUUACACACUUUAAUCGACUCAUCCGUAUUAAAUAGAGAAUAUGUUAUUGAAUUUAUUAGAAAUAUUUAUAAAUUAUUUAAUGAUUUAUCAUUCCACUUUAUUGAAAUGAAUCCAUUUACAUUGGAUCAUGAAGGUAAGCCAUAUCCAUUAGAUGCAAGAGGUGAAGUUGAUGAAUGUGCAGCUUUUAAAUGUGGUGGUAGAUGGUUAGUCGACGGUGAACCAGUACAAUUCCCACAACCAUUUGGUAGAAGUCUUUAUCCAGAAGAAACCUAUGUAAAUGAAUUGGAUGAAAAAACUGGUGCUUCGUUAAAACUUACACUUUUAAAUCCAACCGGUAGAAUUUGGGCAAUGGUAGCUGGUGGUGGUGCAUCCGUUAUAUAUGCUGAUACUGUUGCUGACAUGGGAUAUGGCCAUGAAUUGGGUAAUUAUGGUGAAUAUAGUGGUGAUCCAAAUGAGGAAGAUACUCAUAAAUAUGCCUGUACAAUCAUUAGUUUAGCUACAAGAAAUCCAGAUUCAAAACCAAGAGCAUUAUUAAUUGGUGGUGGUAUUGCAAAUUUCACCGAUGUUGCCGCUACAUUCAAAGGUAUUAUUAGAGCCAUAAAAGAAUAUCACCAAGAUAUUAUUAAAGCCAAUCUUUCACUUUUCGUAAGAAGAGGUGGUCCAAACUAUCAAUCUGGUCUUCAACACAUGAGAGAAAUUGGUCACAAGCUCCAUAUUCCAAUCAAAGUAUUUGGUCCUGAAGUAAAUAUGACAAGUAUCGUUGCUAUGGCCAUUCAACAUAUUAACAAUCCAAUCGCUAACCCAGUACCAAUCCACCAUUCAAAACCAACCAGUUUAACAAUGUCUCCAACUAUUAAUGGUGUUCAUUAAUUUACACAAAUAAAGGGGUGGGGUGAAAAUAAAUAAAUAGUAUAUAAAAAAUACUUUUUUUUUUUUUUUUCUCUAUUUUAUUAAAGCUU